UGAGGAUGACGUCAUGCGCUCGGACAGAGCGUGACCCUGCUGCUCCGGCUAAGCUAAGGGGCUCGUAUCGACAGAUGUAACAUAAACACGCGCUGUUUACGAAGUGUGUCGCGUUAAACGGUAAUGUUUCCGUCAUUAUAGGGAGUCACCGGUGUGUCCGCGGUGUUUCUGAUGAGUGGCGACCUCUCCGGGUGGCGCAUGUUUGUAUUUUAAGUUCACCGUGUUGCUAGCUGGCUAGCUUAACUACAAGCCUGUUUUCCCUGCGAAGCAAAAGUGAAAGAGAAAUCGCAGCUUCAUGAUUGAAAGCUUGUGGAGUUUGUCUCCAUUAAAGCUCAACCGAGGUGUCAAUCCCUUGACCCUCUUCGUCAUGGACUCCUGAAAUCUCCAGCCUUCAGCGACUCAUCAGGUCGCUCGCUGUUGUUUUGGAGCAGAGGUCAUCGUUCAGCCUGAUACCUGUCUGACCUCCCAGGCCGAGGGAGCGAGCAGAUGGGGAACAGUUGCUGUCACGCUGAGAGUCCCUGUGGCAGUGAGGAGGAAAGAAGCGGUUUGCUGAAAAAUGACUCGAAGGCCACGACGGCCACAGGCGAAACCACUGUGGUGGGCACGUGUGGUCCUGAAGGAGGUGAUGACGUGAGGAAAACAGCUGAUGAGGCCAAUAUAAAGGCUGGGGCUGUGCAGGUGAAGCAGAGUCCUGAGAACGGAGAGCCCAGUAACACUCAGGAGAACGGACCCCUGCAGAAGGAAGGCACACCGACAGCUACGUUUUCUCCCAUUAAAGGGCCCAAACUUAAAGAAAACUCCACCAGAGCACAAGAUAAACAUAUAAAGGGAACCCCGGCCGGCAGCGGACAAGCUGAACCUCUGCAUUGCACUUUAAACGUCCCGCAUGAAGGAAGCGCUGCAGAUGAUCGGGAGGGUUUCGCAGCAACAAAUGCGGCGACAGCGGAAGAAAAUCCAGCUGCAGUGCAGGAUAAAACCCCAGAUGGCAUCACACAAACAGCCGAGGCCAAAAACACUUCCCACACUGAGACAAACGCAACAAGAGAGCACAUUACAUUGGACAGUAGUCACAAUGAUAAUGAAGACGCAGCCUUCAAAGUCACUAUUGAUGAUACUGCAGCUGAGCCAUCGGGGGAGUUUUCUCAAAACAAUGAAGUGUUGUCUGUGCCAAACACUCAGCUCGCCGCAGCAGCUCGUCAGGUGUCGUCCAUCCCUGUGAUUAGUCAGGAGAUCCACUCAGAGUCUAGCUGUGCUGUGACAGAGGAUCCAGAGGGUUCUUCGGUGUGUAAGGAGGCCGAUCCUGAAGACAUAAAAAACCACGAUGGGUCUGAGUCUCAUCCUGGAUCGGAGCCCUCAGGACUCAACGACAGCGGUGAGGAAAGAGACUCUGUCAGCGAGCCAGUGACCACAGAUCCAGCAGACGCCAGCGAGAGCUCAAAGUCCAAUCAGGAUGAAAAGCCUGAUCCUAAAUGUUCAACUACAAGCUCAAACGAGGUCCCGUCCUCGGAGAACAUCACACAGGAUAACGGGGUGGAAAGUACUUUGGAGGUGCAGAACAAAGAUGUAGAUGUUCCCAAGGAGAACAAUGAGAUGAAGGAAGAGAAGGAGGAGGAGGAGGAAGAGGAGGAGGGGGCGGCGGAGAAGGCUCCCACCGAGGCUGUGAAUCAGGCUGACAAAGAUGCUGAGACUCAGGAGGGAACUGGAGAAGAGCGGCGGGCGGCAGGGAACUCAUCCGCCGAUGUGGAUGAGAAACCUGUCACAGAGAAGGGAGAGUUUUCUGAAGAUGGUUUGGGGAACAGUGAAGAAGACCUGUACAGAGGAGCCGAGGAGCUGUCAGCAUCUCAGACUAAUAAAGCAGGACCUCCACCUGCGUUAGAAACUACACUGGAGGACAGAUGCAGUUUGGCCCCAGCGGUGGAUAUUUUGUCUUACAGCGAGAGAGAGUGGAAAGGAAAUACUGCCAAAAGUGCUCUCAUUAGAAAGGGUUAUAAAGAGAUGUCCCAGAGGUUUGGCAGCUUGAGGAGAGUGAGGGGGGACAACUACUGCGCUCUCAGAGCCACGUUGUUCCAGGUGCUCUCCCACAGCACCCAGCUGCCUGCGUGGCUGCAGGAGGAGGACAUCACUACGCUGCCGAAGGAACUUGAGGCCCAGGAAGGGCUGAUAAGUCAGUGGACAUUUCCUGGGGAGUGCCUACAGGGAGAUGGGACGAAAGAUGUCACCCAGCAGCUAAAAGGCUACGUGGAGCUUCUCCGAAAGAAGUGGCAGGCGGCGGUGGACUGCUGCUCGGCUGCGGAGCGGCAGCAGCUGUGCGAGCGCGUGUUCCAGGGAGGAGAAGAAGAGUUGGGGCUGCUGGAGGCGCUCAAGCUGCUGAUGCUGGGCAGAGCGGUGGAGCUGCACGGCUGCAUGCAGGGCGGCGGAGACGUCCCUUUAUUCUGCUGGUUGCUGUUCGCGCGGGACUCAUCCGACUGCCCGCGCUCCUUCCUCUCCAACCACCUCAGCC